GGAGCUAGCGCUGAUCAGCCAAAAAACUGUCAUUUUAGAUGCAGAAUACUGUAUAUCUUCUAAUUGUGUCCUCUCUGCAGUAAAUUCCAGCUCAAACAGAAACGUCCAGAAAUUAAAAUAAUUAAAGUAUCUCAGAAAGGCCAAGCACAACUAUUUUUGCUGGUGUCUGCACUGAAAAUUGAUCCACAGAAAUAAGAUCCAGCAUGUCAACCGCUGAAAUCUGUGAGGCGUUUGAGCGCAUUAUUGAGGGGAUGGAGUGGGAGGACAUAGUCUCCACAUUGAUGGAGAUUAUCGAGGCCGAGUUGGGGACAGCAACACCUCCUCCGCUCAGCCUCGCCGGGUCUCAGUCCCUCCCUGACGUGGCGUGGUGCCCUCCCCUGGCUGCUGGCAGCACUCAGAUGAAGAGACGGGAGGCCAACGUUCCAUUCAUCACCUUUUAUCCCAUCUACUUCCUGCUAGCCCCGCCCACAGCAGAGGAGGUCUACCAGCUUUCUCCUGCUGCUCCUCUGAGCUCCAGCUCCUCGGCGAAGAAGCAGGACGAUCACGUUAAGCAGCCUCCCAACGCCUCCAUGAUCUUUUCAAGAGAGCAGAAGGCAAAGGUCAAAGCUGAGCUCAACAUUAAAAGUAGCUCAGCUUUGAAUAAAGUCCCGAGAAAGAGGUGCACGACUCUUUCUCCUCAGGAGAAGGAGAAACACUUCAAGCAGGAAUUCCAGAACGAGCAGGAGCAUCCUGGGAGGAGCAGCGCUCAUAACUGUGUAAAGAAGAGAAAGAGAGCUUCUGCUUCUGCUUCUGAUGAAGAGUCUGCACCAGGAGAAAAUAACUCAGACUCCGUCUCUCCUGCUCCAUAAAAAUCGCUCUCAGCACCAGAACUAAUGCUUUUGUGGAAAGCUUGGAAAAUAUUCCUAAAUAGUUUUUUCAUUAAAAAAAAAUAAAAAAUCUGA